AUGAGCAGUCCAGCUUUGACUCCCAGAAGAGGAUGGGUUAUUCAAAAAUUCGGAGGAACAAGUGUGGGAAAGUUUCCCGAUAAGAUUGCUGAUGAUGUUGUGAAGGUUUGGAAUGAAUCCAACAGGGUUGCCGUAGUUUGUAGUGCUCGUUCUUCCCACACCAAGACGGAAGGAACCACGUCCAGGCUUCUGGCCAGUGCGGACGUAGUCUUGGAUGCCGACGAUGACAACCAGUACUUGCACUUUUUAGAAAAGAUCACUAUCGAUCACGUAGAAAAUGCAAUGGAAAUGAUUCAAUCGAAGAAAAUUCAGGCCAAGUUAAUUGAAGACACACAUCACGAAAUCGAAGAGGCCAGAAAGUUAUUAUAUGCCUCUCAAAUCAUUGGAGAAGUUUCUCCGAAGACAUUGGAUUGCAUCAUGUCGUGCGGUGAAAAGUUGAGUUGUCUUUUUAUGGCCGCCUUAUUGAACGACAGAGGAAUUCCUGCUGAGUAUGUGGAUCUUUCAAACGUAGUAACCAAAGAUUUUGGAACGGUUUUAGAUGCUACUUUUUAUCGUUCUUUAGCUUCCAGGUUACAUGAGAUUAUCUCUGCUAUUGACUCUUCAAAGGUUCCUGUCGUCACUGGAUACUUUGGAACCAUUCCUGGUGGAUUGUUGAACGGGGUUGGCCGUGGAUACACUGAUCUGUGCGCUGCCUUAGUGGCCGUUGGUGUUGAUGCCGAUGAACUUCAAAUCUGGAAGGAAGUGGAUGGUAUAUUUACUGCUGAUCCACGUAAGGUAACUGAUGCUCGUUUAUUGCAAUCAGUGACGCCAGAGGAAGCUUCUGAGUUAACGUAUUAUGGUUCGGAAGUUAUUCAUCCAUUUACAAUGGAGCAAGUCAUCAAGGCCAGGAUUCCAAUUCGUAUAAAGAAUGUGGAAAACCCUGCAGGUGAAGGAACCAUCAUUUAUCCUCAGAAUGUCGGCCGCAAGGGUGAGGCUACUCCACCGCAUCCUCCUACUGCAGUGGAGAGGCUACCAUCUUCAAUUUAUAACAAGAUUAAGACAGCGACUGCAGUCACGGCGAAAAGUGAUAUCGUUGUAGUCAACAUCCAUUCCAACAAAAAGACACUUUCCCACGGCUUCUUAGCCCAUAUCUUCUCUACUCUGGACAAAUACAGACUAGUUGUUGAUUUGAUCUCAACUUCUGAAGUGUAUGUGUCAAUGGCUCUGUAUGUCACAAAGACUGAUAGGAAACUACUUCGAAGCACUGUUGAGGAGCUUAAGCGGUUUGGAGAAGUUGAAGUGACCCAUGAUAUGGCUAUUGUAUCGCUUGUAGGAAUCCACAUGAAACAGUUAAUUGGUAUUGCUGGAGCAAUGUUCAAGACUUUAGCCGACGAAAGGAUAAAUAUUGAGAUGAUCAGUCAAGGAGCUAACGAGAUUAACAUUUCGUGUGUGAUCAAUAAGAAUGAUACAGUCAAGGCUUUAAAUGCUAUCCAUUCGAAGAUCAUCACUGAUCCUUUUAAGAGUAAUUUAGCCAUUGAGUUGACUUCAAAAGUUUCUGAACUAAGGUUAGAUCAAUAUUAG